AUGCAUGCCAUUCUUCUUCUCACCUUGCUGAGCACCUUCGCGGCCGCCGCGCCCGUUACACCUCCUCACGAUCCGCUCUCCCAGCUAACCACAAGCGGCAUCCAGCCCACAACGCCAGCCAGCGCCACAAGCGUCUUCGUCGUACCCAGGAUUCCUGCAACCAUGUUGCCAAAGCCCCCCCGUGCUAGCACGCAUCCCCCGCGCCUCGCAACCCUCCACGUCUGCAACAAGCCCGCGUUCCAGCCGCCCUGCUUCACGCUGCAAAUCCUCGAGGCCACGUGCCUCAACUUGCCCAUGCUGUCUUCUACGAUGAGCAUGCGGCCGCGCGGCUUGUAUGACUGCUAUCUGUACCAGAACGAGGGGUGCAGGGAUGUUUUGGAUACGGGGGCGCCGCUGCCGGUUAGGGCGGGGUUGACCGAGUUGGGGAAUUGGCGCGGGAAGGUGAGGAGUGUGAAGUGUGGGGUGGGGAGGAUUUACUAG